GUUAGCCGGCGGGAAACGGAAGCUGCGCGGGGCGCUGGGUCCUCGGCCAUGGCUCACAGGCCGAAAAGAACGUUCCGGCCGCACCGAGCAGACUCUAGUGACAGCGACGGCGCCCAGGAGACAUUUGCUGAACCCGGGGAGACUGGGGAGCAGGAGGCCCGGGGCCCUGCGGUGAAAGGGCCGCCGUCUGGAAGAGGCCAUGCGGAGGUGGCUGAACUGCUCCGCCGGGGCCGGGGCCGCCGCCGCGGCCGGGCCUGGGCUAGUUCCCGGCGCGCCGCGACAGCGGCUCCGCGCUUGGACGGAUCCUCGGACGUCCCAGAAUCCAGAAUGGUUGAUCUUUCAGCCGACAAAGAGGAUGGAGCACACCAUUCUUCAGAAAGUAAAGAUGAUCAGAGUUCAUCUCCCAACAGCUCUAGGACUCUGGAGGACGAGUUUUCAUCAUUAGAUUAUUUUCAUAUUAUAGGUUAUUGCAAGAUAUUGCAUAAGUUCCCUGUGCUGUACAUAGAUAUCCCUGAUGCAGCUUUUAUUCAAGCAACCUAUGGAAAAUGCAAAUUAGCCAGGGCCCAAGAGGACUAUAUUUCUUUGGAUGUAAAACAUGCCUUCACCAACUCUGGUAUGAAGAAAAACAGUGAAGAUUCUGAAAGUGAGCCUGAUGAUUUUAAAGAUAUAAUGCCAUUUACCCCGAAGCCUCAAACACUUAGACAAAGAAUGGCUGAAGAAACAAAAACUAGAAAUGAAGAAACAAGUGAUGAUAGUCAAGAUGAGAAAAAUCAAGAUAUUUGGGAGCAGCAGCAGAUGAGGAAAGCUGUUAAAAUCACAAAGGGACAAGACAUAGAUCUUUCUUAUGGCCGUGAAUCUCAAACAGUGAAGAAGUUUGAUGCUUCCAUUUCAUUUCCACCAGUAAGUUUAGAAAUUAUAAAGAAGCAACUAAAUACUAGAUUAACAUUACUACAGGAUACUCACCGCUCACAUCUAAGAGAAUAUGAAAAAUACAUACAAGAUAUCAAGAGCUCAAAGAGUACCAUCCAGAACCUAGAGAAUUCAUCAAAUCAAGCUCUAAGUUUUAAAUUCUAUAAAAGCAUGAAAGUUUAUGUGGAAAAUUUAAUUGACUGUCUUAAUGAAAAGAUUAUCAACAUCCAAGAAAUAGAAUCAGCCAUGCAUGCACUCCUUUUAAAACAAGCCAUGAUCUUUAUGAAACGCAGGCAAGAUGAAUUAAAACAUGAAUCAGCGUAUUUACAACAGUUAUCAUGCACACCUGAGACAUCAGUAAAUAAUAGCUUGGCUAUAGAUGAAAAAACUCAAUGGAUUUUAGAAGAGGUUGAAUCUCGAAGGGCACGAAGAAGACAAGCAAGGGUUCUUUCUGGGAAUUGUACUCAUGAAGAAGGAACAUCUAGUGAUGAUGAACUGUCUUCAGCAGACAUGAUUGACUUCCAAAAAAGCCACGGUGACCUUUUACAGGAUCAUAAGAAGAUUUUUGAAGAUGUACACAGUGAUUUUUGUAAUAUCCAGAAUAUUUUAUUGAAAUUUCAACAAUGGCGAGAAAAGUUUCCUGAUUCCUACUAUGAAGCUUUCAUUAGUUUAUGCAUUCCGAAGCUUUUAAAUCCCCUAAUACGAUUUCAGUUGAUUGACUGGAACCCUCUUAAGUUUGAUUCCAUAGGUUUAAAACAGAUGCCAUGGUUCAAAUCUAUAAAAGAAUUUAUAGAUUGCAGUAUGGAAGAUUCAAAGAAGGAAGAUAGUUCUGAUAAGAAAAUCUUGUCUACUGUCAUCAACAAAACAGUUAUUCCUCGACUUACAGGCUUUGUAGAAUUCAUUUGGGAUCCCUUGUCAACCACACAGACAACAAGUUUAAUAAUGCAGUGCAGAAUGAUUCUUGAAGAACAUUCCACUUGUGAAAAUGAAGUUAAUAAAGGCAAACAGGAUUUACUUAAAUCCAUUGUUUCAAGAAUGAAGAAGGCAAUAGAAGAUGAUGUUUUUAUUCCUCUGUAUCCAAAGAGUGCUGUAGAAAACAGAACAUCACCACAUUCAAAGUUUCAAGAAAGACAGUUCUGGUCAGGUCUAAAGCUCUUUGGCAAUAUUCUUCUUUGGAAUGAACUCCUCCCAGAAGACAUCUUGCAAGAGCUAGGACUAGAGAAGCUGCUGAAUCGUUACCUUAUUAUAGCUCUUCUCAAUGCCAUACCUGACCCAGAUGUUGUUAAAAAGUGCAGCCAGAUAGCAGCAUAUUUACCAGAAAAGUGGUUCCAAAACUCUGCCAUGAGAACGUCCAUUCCCCAGCUAGAAAAUUUCAUCCAGUUUUUACUGCAGUCUGCACGUAAAUUAUCUAGAAAUGAAAUCAGGGAUGAAGUCAAAGAAAUAAUUCUUAUCCUGGUGAAAAUAAAAGCUUUGAAUCAAGCAGAAUCGUUCAUAGAAGAAUAUCACCUAGACCAUCUUAGAUCAGUAAUUAAAGAAUUUGAGUAAACUUUAUAGAAAAGUACUAAAAUGAGAUUUUAAUAUAGUCACACUUAGCUAUUUUGCUUGUAGAAAAAGAAAAAAAGGUGUUGCCUUUUCUUUACUCCCAGUAAUGGAGGAGAGAAUUUCCUAAACCAAAAGAAUAGCACUCUGUCCCUCCAUUCCCUCCAUAUUCUGCCUUCUGGUAUCAUGAAAGACUGACCCUCCCCUUUUUGAGUGUUUGCAGGAAUUAAACACACAGGAACAGUAGGAGUUUAAUGUAUUUCCAUUUGAUUCUUCUGAUGACUUUUCCAGUUUAAGAAAGGACUUGAAGCUUAUUGUAGCUGCUUUGGCUUUGGUGAGUCUUCUGUCCUGAACCAUAAAAACAUCUUUUAGUUCUCUUCAUUUUAGCAAUCUCUGUUUUUAACCCAUUUGUAUGAGUUAAAAUGAAAAUCUUAAUUGGAAUGAAUAAAUUAUUAAGAAUUCUGAUUAAGGCAUUUUAAAGCUACUAAUGCUUGUCAGAUUGUGCUUCAGAAUCUAUACCAGUAUAUUGUUCUAACACAAGUCUGAGAACAGCCAAUGAAUCUCUGCCAGCAGUAUUUUUUUUAACUCAUUUGUACUUAAUAGGUGAAAAAAAAAUCUUAUUUUAAUUAUUUAUAUUGACUAUUAGAGAGUGCCUACUUGUUUUCUUGGUCAUUUGUAAUUCUUUUGAAGUAUCUAUUUUUUCCUUAUGGAUUUGUAAGAGCUUUAUAUUUUAAAGAUACUGAUGGUUUGGCAGUCCAGUGGUUAGGACUCUGCACUUUCACUGCAGAGGGCAUGGGUUUGACCCCUGGUCAGGGAAUUAAGAUCCCACAAGCCACGUGGUAUGGUCAAAAAUGAGAACAAAACAAAAAGAUAACUGAUGUUGUGCCCAUGCUGUGUUACAGUUUUUCUCACUUGCCAUUUUCUUUAAAUUUGUGUAUGAGUUUUGGUGUACUAAGUUAUUGCUUGUUCGGUAGUUACUACUAUUUUUUGUUAUGCUUUUUUUGUGUGUGUCAUUGGUAGUAGGCUUAGAGAAGAAACAAGUAUUUUAAAUAUUCGGAACAUAUGAUUCAUUUUUUAAAAAUGUGUGUGAUUAAGAAUGUGAGGCAAGGUCAUUGAAUCAAAAAGAAAUUGAGAACAUUUUUCACAGUGAGUUUACUGAUAAUUUUUCUUAAAUCUAUUUGUUUAAAUAACUUUCAGGAAGUCUUAAAUGUAUCCUGCAAAUUGUUGCCCAAAAGAUAAAUCAGGAAAAAGUUGGUUAUA